AUCUAUAAAAACUGAGCCAGUCUAUCGAAUUCCAAUAUGGAAGCCACAAGUUGAAACAAGGGGAUUAUUUUUUUUAUUUUCAGUGUUUUUAGCCCUGCUGAAGGGAAUAUGUGAAAGAUGGCGACAAAGUUCAUGCCCCCUCCUUCCGCCAUGCAUUAUCAGAGUAGCCAGUUUUAUGACAGUGCGUACCCUGGCCCAAGCUUUCAACAAAGUCAGGACACAAAUGGGCGGGGUUUCGCAUUUCGGAAGCGUUUUGAAAAAUUAGAUUGGAGGAGGAUUGCAUCAGUAGAUAUAGAUGCAGUAGCUCGGACUCUUGACUUCAAUGCCCUUCAAGAUAAUAUUAUGAAUAUAACCUUCUGUAACAUUGAAGCUGAACUGGAUGUACGAAUGGUAGAUCCAAACUUCCUAAAGAUUUUCAAGCUAGCACAGUUAUCGAUAGAAUAUUUAUUGCAUUCUCAAGAAUUUCUGACAGCCAAGUUGACUACUCUGGAGGGGAGUCUGAAAAAGUCAAAUGAAGAGCAUGAAGAAACAAAAGCCACUCUUGCCAAACUGAAAGAUGAACUAACAGCCGUUAAGAAGGAAAGUCAUAAACGCAAAAAGUUGCUGGUUGCCCAGCAACAGCUUAUACAUGCUGGGUCAGGGAGCUACAAUAAGUGUCCAUUUUGUUCAAAAGCUUUCUUGAACAACUCCUUCCUACAGUCUCACAUACAGAGACGUCAUGGGGAAUACGGACAACCAAGCAAGGAUUCCCCAAGCCAGGAACAGGGUAUGGCCCCACAGCAGGGUCAGGUUAAGAUGAACACAGUGUUGGAACAAGAGUUCCAGGAAAUCCGAGAAAGAUUAAAAAAUACAGAAGCUCAGUUACAUCACGAAAGAAAAGCGAGGAAACACCUUGAAAAACAGAAUAUACAGCGAUUUGAAGAACAUGGUCAUGAGGACUUAUCGCCAGAACAACAAAACGAGAUGGAAAGGAUGAAAGAAAUGUUUAUGAAAGAGUUACAUGAUGUGAAUGAGAAAUACCAGGCAUCAGAACAGGUUCUCAAUGAGAUGCGAGGUGGGAAGAAACGGUCAAAUCUUGGUGAACUUCAGGAUGACGAAGAGGAUAAAAACUUGUUACGUCAACAAAGAGAGGAGGUCGCCAUGUUGAAAGAACAGUUACAAGAUCAGAUGCACAAUGUGGAGGCUUCAGUCCAGUCAAAGAUAGAUAGACAAGAUAAACAAUGGCAGAGGAAAGUAAAUGAGAUGAAAAAGCAACAUGCUGAUGACCUGAGAAAGUUGAAUAGUGCAUUGGAGAAAACAAGCCGAGAGCUGUCAGCAAGAAAGGCUAAGGGAGAGAACUCUGCCUUGGUACAACAGCAGCAAGAAGAAGUUGAAGAGCUUAUCAGGAAAGUGCCAUCAGCUUCAUCAUCAGCUUCAUCAUCAAACUCAUCAUCAUCCAAGGAUGAAGGGAUUGAUGAUAAGAAACAGAAGCAAACCAGAGAACAGGAACAGAUCAUUCAGGAAGAAAUGCAGAGAUCUGCUGACCAACAACAACAACGACAGAUGGAGACAAAGAUACUGAGUAUGGAGCCAAGUGAUGAUGAAGACGACACAACAGAAUUUGGAACAGGAAGUGGUACACAGUCAAGCUUCCAGAGGUCUGCCAGAGAAACAGCCAGAUCUAAUGCUACCAUAGGCACUAUGAACAGUGGAGAAGUAACAUUAAGGACGACCCAGUUCCUGGAUCAGUUAAGGAAGAACCCGACCCUCAAGAUAAUGAGAGAUGAACUAGUCUCAGUCCUGCAAGAUCAGCUUGAGAAAAUUGGAAUACCUCCAGGCACUAAAGGAAUCUCCAAUGAGACAUUGUUGAGUAAACUGACCCACUUGAGGACGAGGAGACAGACCCUGGAGAAGAACCAUGGUGCUAUAUUUUCUGACCUGAGAACACAGUUUGAUAACUUUGCCUCUGCUCAAGCUAGAGAGAGGUUAAAGGCACUGAAGAGGUCACCCCCUCCUGCCCCAGGUCGUAGACCAGUCAGUACUGGAGGUCCCGGUAGCUCACAGUCUAUUCCUACAUCUGGGCUUGGCAGUAGUGGUUCCCCUGUCAGAGGUCCCAGUCCACAAGCCAGGCAACCCCCGGCUAGGACCCAGCAAGCUCCAAGAGCACCUCCUCGCUCACAGAGUCCUGCUCAAAGAGGUGUGAGCCCCAGACGACCAGAGAGUCCACUACGCAAGACUGGUUCUAGUGUUGACUACACAAGCACCCAGUGGGACUCGGAUGAUGAAGAAACUGAAUCAGAAGAUGAGGAACCAGCUUUUGCCCCGAGGGGACCAGUCACUGUGAUGCAGGCCCGACCUGGUGCAGUACCACCAUCUCCAUCCAGACCUGGUUUCCCAACUCCUCAGUCCCGCCAGCCGCAGCAGCAGCAGCCAUCUCCAGCACCCAGACAACAAGUGAAGACAGUCAUCUCAAAGCCUCUAGAUGAUGUGGAUGAUGAUGAUGAUUGGUUAGAUUCUGACAGUGAUUUGGAUGUUUCUCCUGGCAGACCAUCAGGUGGGGUAUCUAAGCCCGCACAGCCAAAGGGACAGAAAGUUGCCGAGCUAUCCCGGUCUAUAGAGAUGCAGUUAGCUGGAAGAAAAGGAGGAGCUAAACCAGUAGGUGGUGUAGACACUAUGGGCAACCAGAAGAAAACUGUAGAAGAUAUACUGGAGUUUAACUCAGACAGUGACUGGGAUGUUUCCCCUGUAGAGGAUGAUGAGCCUGCCAGACGUAAAGCAAGACCUCAGGGACAGGCUAGAACCAGUCAUGUAGAUGCCUCAGUUUCCUCCAAUACAUAUGGUACCAGUCUAUGGGGAUCAUCAUCAAAAGAUUCAAAUUUAUCUGAGUUAUAACAGACCAGCUGGUACAGGUCAAGCUGUUCAGAGGUCUAACAGCAGAAACUCUUUUGUUUCAAUAUCAGACAUUAGUGAUGAUGAAGAUCUUGAUCUGGAAAAUAUCUAAAUGAAAUGUUUGGAGACCAGUCUAUAAACUAUGGGAUCUGAUUGGUUGAAUUUAAAAUCAGAUUGGAAUUUGACCAAUGGUGAGAAUGCAUUCAAAGGAUGGUUUACAAGCUCAAGUUUUUAUAGGCUUGGGGUCCGGAAUUCAUGCAGAAGGUCUUGUGGAUGCAGAAGAUAACCAAGUGAAGCUUCUGCAAUGUAGAUAACAGGCUGAAACUGCUAAAUUAAAUGAAGUUGAAUUUAAGAGGGUGACAUAGAUUCUGUAUGAACAUGAUUACAAUGCUACAGGUCUUCAGCUUUGCAGUUUUAAUAUGUGUUUUUUAGUGAUAGGGUACUAAUGCAAAUAUUUUUGUAUAUAGGUCUGGUCAUUACGCUUACUUCGUGUAGGUUCAGAUAUGCAUUAAGUUUACACAUUUUGGUUUGGAUCUUGUUUUAGAAGAUACAUAUGAACUUACAAGGUAUUGUAUGAUUAAACAGUACUUGUAAUGUGCCUAAUACAUUGAACUUUAAGGGAUUUAGUGUCUGUAUGAAGUUUUAUAUUUUUUAUAUGUUAAGUAAAUGUUAGUGAUAUUGUUGAUUUAAGACUUGUGAUGUUAUGUAUAGUGUGCUGUAUAAUUGGUGUUUAUUUGUUUACAAUGAAGCUUUAUUUUUAAUGAGAUCAUUCGAGGCUUUAAAUCUUCAUACUGUAUUUACCCAUUUAUAAGAUGGGAAACUAAAAAAAAGUUUACAUCAGCGAAAAAGUGUGAUACCUAAAGAAAUGUUUCAUGUAUAAGGCCUAGGAAUAUUCAGUAUAUAGCAGUAUACACAUAAACCUAUACUUGAAGUACAGUAUAUAUGUUCUGAUUGAUGUAAUACUGUUUUAACAUAUCUUUAUGUUGAAGAAUGAGUGUGCUUUUAUAACUGUGAUACCUAAAAUCAAGUGCAUUUAUAACUUAUUUUGAAAAUAAUGAUACAUCAACAUUUCAGAGCCCAUUAUUUCCAAAAAAAUUUCAUGUUUAUGUUACAUCUGUAACAUUAUAGUGAAACACUCCUUGUUGGAGAGCAUUGAUGGCUGGAGCAUCCAGGCUUAUUUGAGCAUGUUGUGUGGACCUGUCUGUUUUCUGUAAAGUUUUGAUGGGAAACCUAGACAACUCUAGCAUUUUGUUCAUCUCUUGCUAUUAAACUUGCAAAAUUAUUGUUUUUCUUUAUAAUAGAGAAUAUUAUUUGUUUAAGUACCAUGUUGAAAUCUCACAGACUGAAUACAAGAAACAGUAUUUUCAUAAGUGGUGAAGCCAUGAAUGGAAGUUUACAAGUAAAAGAUAUUUGACCUUACGUGUAUUACAAUUAAAAUUUCUGUGUAUUUCAUGUCCUUUUAAUGGCUUUAACCAAAUUUACUCAUUUUUUGUGCGAAACCAAUGAAAAAUAUAUUUGAUAUUUCUGACAAGAAAUCAGUAGAUAAAUUUCACACAAUCUGCCAUAUUUGAGCCACGCCAUGAGAAAACCAACAUAGUGCGUUUGCGACCAGCAUGGAUCCAGACCAGCCUUCGCAUCUGCGCAGUCUGGUCAGGAUCCAUGCUGUUCACUUUCAAGGCCUAUUGCAAUUAGAGAAACUGUUAGCGAACAGCAUGGAUCCUGACUAGACUGCAUGGAUGUGCAGGCUGGUCUGGAUCCAUGCUGGUCGCAAAGCCACUAUGUUGGUUUUCACAUGGCGUGGCUCAUUUUAAUAAUUAACUGAAAUACAGUUACUAAAAAGGUGUCAAAAUUUAUUGCGAAUCAAGAUUGAAAUUUCUGUUAAUACUCAUAUUUUAUCUAAAUUACAUAAUCUGAAAAUCUCAAAUAUCUGGAACCGUCCCAAAUUAUAAUACUGUCAUUUAUAUCAGUUGUUUAUUAUUUAGUGAAAUAUUUUACCAGUGUUUUUUGCUGAUUCAUGUUUAUUGAAAUCUCAACUUCUAUGUUGUCUUGAAAAAUUUGUUGACUGUCACUACCGGUAUAUUGCAUUUUAUGACUUACAUAUCACUGCUUUUGUUAUGCAUUAUAAAAUGCCGUCCAGUAAUAGUUUUUGAUGAAGACAUACCAAUAUUUUGUUGUGUUGUUAAUUAAGUGCUGAUUAAGCAUAUUUAAGUGUGAAACGGCCAUAGGUUUCAUUAUAUUUAUAACAUUUCUAUGGUUUCAGAGAUAUUUCAUGAAUUGUCAGACCUUUUAAAGUCUUUUAUUUGUAAAGUGUAAUAUAGGUUAUGACACUAUAUGUUCUUGUAUAGUACUACCAGCCAUAAUUCAAUUAUUUUAGAUUUUUAAAUGUGAAAAAGAAUUCAUAUCUUAUUUUUUCAAACAAACAGCUUUAAAAACUUACAGUAACUGUGGUAACAUUUUUACUGCAGCAGCUCACAAUUUUUACUUUUCAAGCGGUCUUAAAUGUGGUCAAAGAAAAUAGAAAAAAAAUCAAAGACUUUUAUGUUCAUUUAUUAAUAUUUAAUUUAAUUUUUGUUUUAAAGUGUAGCUUUAUUUGGUAGUUAAUGAAUGUUUGUCGUUACAUAUCUUUUGUUUGUAAAUAAUUUUACUAUUUAUUUUAUGUGAUUGGUGUAUGCAUGUGCUAUUCAUUUUAGUUUUUGUUGUUUUUAUUAUUUCUUUUAUUUUUGCUCUGUGUCUAUAUUUAUUUUACAUUUAUUAUGUAAAUAAGAACUUACAUUUUACCAAAUCAUUAUUGUAGAUAUUAUGUAGAAAGAAUAAGUUCAAGUGGCCAGUCCACGUAGCUAAAUAAGGAGAGUGCAGAUCUACGAAUUGUAGGGUCAUAAGUUCGAGGCGUAUGCUCUCCGUGAAGAUUUGAUAAAAGAUAUUGUGUCUGAAAUCAUUCGUCCUCCAUCUCUAAUUCAUGUGGGGAAGUUGGCAGUAACUUAAUAUGGGGAACAGGUUUAGACUGGUACAGAAUCCAGGAACACUGCCUGUGGUUUCAUAUCUUCAAUGCUGUUGAAAAAUGGUGUAAAUCCAAAACAAACAAACAAAGAAUUAGUUCAAAUAGAAUAUACUUUGAGUUCUGUGCAAAAACUGGUUAACUGCAUUGACAGAAGGUAGCAGUUAAACGACAACAAUGUGAGAACUGAUAGCAGGAGUCAUUUAAUGGAGUGAACAGAAAAUUUUAAGAUUAGCUUGGUUAACAUAGAUUCAUGGAGAAACAAAACUGAGGACAAGAAUAAAAUAAUAAUUACUAAAAUAGACAAUAAUGAGAUAUUACUGAAAUUGACCCUGUGGGAUGAUUACAGAUUACAUAAUUCAUUUAAUAUCUGAACCAAAGACUAAAUUGAACAUAUCUUGAGAAAAGUUUGGGUUUCAGACUUACAUCUUACCUAUUGAAGUAACACUUUUUUUUUAAAAACCUGUUGGAGCAACUAUCAAAAUUUGUAUAAGGGAGUGAAGUUUUUGACCUACGGUUUUUAUAGACUUUGGGUUUAUACCUCGAUGAUUUUAACUUUGUUGUUAAAUGAGUAAUACAGAGUGAACUAGAAGCUGUGCCAUAAAACAGUUCUGGGAUUUAUUUUAAGCAUGUUAAUGAUUUUAUUUAGAGUUCUGUCCAAUUUUACAGAGGUUUUAGUUUCACCACUUCAGAGAAGACAAGUAACAGGGAUGAUAAAUCACACAUAUGUCUGCCAUAAACUGAAUAAAUUAUUAUGUAUAAUAUAUACAGGAAUUCUUCUUCAUGAACUUUGUUCACCACUCUGUAUUGACCAAAAGGCUUUUAUUAAGUUGCAUACAGUUUAUUUAUAGAUUAAGUUUUAACAAAGCUGUAUUUGUAGAGUUUUAAAAGUGAAUAUUUUGGUGUUACACAGUCAUUUUCUGCUUACUUACAUUCUGUAUUGUCAAAGCAAUAUAGAGUUAAUAAUAUUAAUUGGCCGCCUAAAUGAAAUGUAUAAAUAAGGCCUAUUGGGAAAGAGUGGGACUAGAAGGUAACUUACAAUGUUUAUAUGAAGAAACAUUGAUAUUACAAGUUAGUAGUACUAUUGUAGAAUUUAUAUAUUUGUGAUAUUCAACCAAAUAAAAUAUUUUUAAACUAUAAAA